AUGGCUAAGGUUUCUCAAGACGUUUCAUCCGACAGAUUCAAGUCGAGAAAGGCUUACUUCACCGCUCCUUCUUCCGUUAGAAGAGUGAUGAUGUCUGCUCCAUUGUCAAAGGAUUUAGUUGAAAAAUACGGAGUGAAGAGACUUCCAGUCAGAAAGGACGACAAAGUUCUCAUCGUCAGAGGUUCCAAGAAGGGCCAGGAAGGUACUAUUUCUUCUGUUUACAGAUUGAAGUUUGUUAUUCAGCUUGAAAAGUUGACCAGAGAAAAGCGUAACGGUGCUGCCGUUCCAAUCAACAUUCACCCAUCUAAGGUCGUCAUUACAAAGUUGCACUUGGACAAGAACAGAAAGGCUCUCAUUGCUAGAAAGGGUGGCAAGGUUGACGAAGAGUAA